AUGGACAUGUUCUGGCCUUAUCAUUUCGUCACUCCCUCGGAGCAGGAGAAAGUACGGCGCCGAGAGCUCUUGGAUUUGAGAGGAUCCUACGCCCAGUGGUCGAUUGUAUUCAUGAUCGUGGCCAUUCGGGCCUACCAGUUCUGGGUCCAGUCGUCAGCUCAACACGACACCGAGAGCAAACGCCAACGUGCUCAACUGUUGUGGUGGGAUCGACCGCUCUUUGCCGGAUGGCUGGAGACUCGUCGCCAGUAUGCUCUUUGCGGGAUAUGGUUGCUGUGGCUGCUUGGUCUUGCUGUCUGGAACAGCGGCGAUGAUUACCUCCAUCUGACCAAGGCUCUGGGCCAUGUGGCGCUCUCGCAAAUUCCCCUGCAGGUCCUCAUGUCGCCAGCAGCAUACAUCUCCACAUCCAAGCCAGCCGCUUCGUCGAUCUGCUCCUUGGUAACCUCCAUCCCUCAGGUCACCCUUUCACCCUAUCACCGACUCCUUGGUCGGUUGGUCAUCUCUCCUUUGCUCACGGGUCAUGCUGCCCUGUACCUCGUGUUCUUUGCACAAUCAUCCCAUCCUGAUUUUGGAACCCUCCUGAACAAGCGAAUCCGAGACUUUGAUGUCCAGUGUGGUCUUAUGGCGGUAUCGAUGCUCCUUUAUACUGUCUUCUUCCAGCGACCCCGUGCUGCAUCGUCCAAGACAAACACCCGCGGGCGUCGUGCCGUCGGGUCCAUGCGCGAGCGUCGACUGUCAUUCUAUUUCGGUCACAUCGCUCUGGUGGGUUUGCUGUGUUUUUCUGCUUAUUAUCAUGUUGCACAAGCACAAAAGUACAUGCUACAAGCUUUGGGGGCCUUUACUGCCAAUAGCGCUGUCUCCUGGGCUAUGAUUCGAUGGAGUGGGCGUCGGUGA